AUGCCGUUUAAAUCGUUUACGGAAGAAUCCCCUCCCUUGGUGCUUAGAGCUGCAGCCGUCACUCUGCUAGGGUUCAGCCUUGAAGCUCCGUCACGUUUGUUUGAGCCAGUUCGUUCCAUCCGCCGCCGCCAUCUCCGUCAGCCACCAUGGAAGCUUGUUUUCCGAGCACCAUCGCAGCUCCGCGCUCCACCACCACGAACCUGCAUCUGUGCGAACCUUCUCCGCACUAUCAGAUCCACCAUUUCUUCAACGCACCAGCAGCGAGACCAGCGCAUUCCUCUCUUUCCCGCCGGCCACCAUUCACGUUCUCUGCACCUCGCGCACUCUAUGGCAGCGCCACCAUCGUUUUCCAUCUUCACAGCAACGAGGAACAGAUCGGAACCGCGAACUCUUCACCGGAAUCUGCACCACGCCACAACACCUCCACGAACACCAUCUUCUUCGUCAUUCACUCGCGCCACCACAGAUCGCGCAAGCUCCGCACACCACUGCACCAGCCACCGUCCAUCUUCUCGCCUCCGCACCUGCAACUUCGAACCAUCCAGCGGCGCCACUCGCGAUCACCGUUCGCGCACCUGCAACCAUCGCAAACACAGCCGCCGCCGCACCACGCAUCACCAUCUACGCGAACCAGCGCCGUCACGCACUCCACCCGCGUUCCGCGCAGCAGCAGCAGCUACCAACACCAUGCUUGACGAGCCACCACCUGCAUCCUUGCGAGAAUCCAGAAGCAACACCACCACACCGGAAAUCUGA